AUGCAAGCUACCCGUCGCACGCUCGGCCUCGCCCGCCACUUCAGCUCGCCCGCCAACCCCAAGGUCUUCUUCGACGUGGGCGCCGGCGGCAAGCCCGUCGGCCGCCUCGUCAUCGAGCUCCGCGCCGACAAGGUCCCCAAGACGGCCGAGAACUUCCGCCAGCUCUGCACGGGCGAGGCCGGCAUCGGCAAGUCGGGCAAGCCGCUCCACUACAAGGGCUCCAAGUUCCACCGCAUCAUCCCCAACUUUAUGUGCCAGGGCGGUGACUUUACGGCCGGCAACGGCACGGGCGGCGAGUCCAUCUACGGCGAAAAGUUUGCCGACGAAGCCUUCCUUCUCAAGCACCAGGGCCCGGGUAUCCUCUCAAUGGCCAACGCCGGUCCCAACACCAACGGCUCGCAGUUCUUCCUCACCACGGUCGACUGCCCGUGGCUCGACAAGGCCCAUGUCGUCUUUGGCAAGGUCGUCGAAGGCUUGGAUGUCUUGGAGAAGAUGGAAGCGACGGGCAGCCCCAGCGGCGCGACCCGUAUGGAAGUCACGAUCGACGACUGCGGUGAAAUCAAGGCCUAA